ACCUGUAUUCUUAACAACAUCUCCCUCAGGUAAAAACUUCAAAUCGAGGCUCACGUUAAAUACAAACAACCAAAAUGGCGUUCAUGCACAGAUUUUUGUGUUGGAAUCUCCGCACAGCAUCGAUUGUCUGCUUCAUUUUUGUUGCGGUAACAUCAUUUUUUGCUCUUGUUAUGCGACUCCUUGACCUGCUGGCCAUAGGAACAGAGUUUGAAAUCAGCCAGGGCUUCCAUACCACCUGGCGGUCACAUCAGUGGAGAGCUUUUCUUACUAGUGACAUUGUGAACACAUUUGACCACAUUGUGAUGUGCUUCUUCAGCAUUUUCAUGCUGAUUCAAGUCACAUACCAGCACUUUGUGAUGUACAUGCACUGGUUGAAGCGUUUCAUACAGCUGUUCAUAGUGUACAUCUUCAUUGAGUUCUGCUUCUCUGUGUUUGAGUACUCCUACUAUGGAAUGAACACAUUCAGACUUGCCUAUGUGGUUUGGACAUUCCUGUACUGGCUGGGCAGAACACUUGUUAAUAUCCUGUUUGUGGUGAUCUUGUUUGCCCGGAAGCAGGAGAUCAUUGAGCAGACUGAGCGAGAGUUGAGGUUCGCUGGUGAGAAGAAGAGGCACGGUCUGGGGUACAACUAGGCUCCCCGGGGAUAGUGCAGUGCACAGUCUGCAGGGCUACACAGCCAUAAACAACACAACCAAUGUGGAUAUGAUGUCAUUGACAACAAUACAGCUUAGUCAUUUGACAUGAUGGACUUGAGCUAUUCAGAACUAGAGCUUUGAAAAAUUUAAACUUUUCUCAUGUAUUAUCUAGCCUGGUCCAUCUUGUAUAUACUCAUUUUUUGUACAUUCACCAAUGAUUCAUUAACUGUAUUCUUCUUUCUGACAUGCAACACUGAAUGUGUGGCUGUCCUGAGUAAGGUUACCAUUUCGCAUUCCUUCCAUUACAUACAUUCCGUACAUGUUCUAGUAAAAUAUUGUUUGGUAGUUGGUAGUCAGAGUUAUUCAAUUAGUUUCAUGACAGUUGUAAGAAUAUUGUACUUUGUUUUAUUAUAUUUCAUGUUUAUAUAGAUAUAUUUAUAUCAUUCAUUUUAUACUUCCUAAUAAUUGAAACAAAAAAUGUCUUUUUACACCUUUGCAAGUCUAUGUUAAACUGGAUAUGCGCAGAAAAUAAUACAAGUAAUAUAAAAAUAGACUUUCCAUACAAUUUUGUCUUUCAUUAAUCAUAAAUGAGGUGAAAUACAUUUACUCAACAGAAUAAAACGUACAUUUGCAACACUACACCUUAGAGUGAUUUAAAGAGUUUGUUUUCCUGAUAAUUCUUGACAACGCAGUUAUCAGUUCACAUUCAUCAUGUAAGAUAAUAGUGCACAGUAAAUAAAUUGAAAUGGCACCAAGAAAUAAUGUGAUGGCAUUGUAAUUAAAAUGUUGAAGGUUUAACACCCAAUUUGGAGCACCAUUUUUUUAUCUGUUUAAAUGUCAACUUAACCUCAGCAUGAUUGUAGUGUUAGAAACUGGUUUGGUACAUUUUUAAUAAGCUCAGGUAUAGAGCAAGUUAGUACAAUAUCAUACAAUGUGGUUGUAUUACUGUAUCAAUACCUUCAGAUGUGUUUGCAUUUCUAUAUAUAGUGCUUAAACUUAGCUCAGAAUACCUGCAUAACAAGGUAAGCAAUAUCCACAGGUCUUGAUGACCAUGCCAGUAUCAUGAAGUAUUGAUCUUCAUAGCACUACAUAACGAUAGCAUAUAUUGUAGGUUAAAAUUGAUUAGACUUAGUUAACAUGUAAUGAACAUGUAUUAAUAAUUUGAAAAUGCAUGGUAUUUGCAAUAUCUAUAAAUUUUAAUGGGGAUUACGUUUAGUUUUGAAUCUGAAUAUCAUUGUACAUCUUUUUUAUUAAAUAGACUUAAUGUUUAUCUUUAUCAUGUACAAUAACAAAUCAUGUGUAUAAAUUAUACUUUUUUACUUAAUAAAGAGAUAUAAUCAUCA